CCUAUGACUCGCGAGUGGCCUCCGCGCGGGAGCUCUGAGGAUCCCGGCACAGAGUGCCCUCAGGACCUCGGUGCGCCCGGUGUUCCCGUCCCGCUGGCCGGCCCGGCGUGCAGCUCGCGUCCUGCGGAAGCCUGGGCUCCUGAGUCGGGGGACAGAGUUCCCCGGGUUUGCAGCGGAGAUCGCGGCGGCGCUCGGCGAGAUGCCUGGAAAGAAGGCGCGUAAGCGCGCGCCACCGAACCCCGCACGGGCGCCAGAACUGGAAGUUGAGUGUGUCACUCAGCUCAGGAAAUUGGAGCAGCUGCCCCAAGCGACCCCAGCAUCAGCAUUAACAGAGGUGGAACUUGAGUCUGGCAUUCAACUCAGGAGAUUUGGAGACAAAGUAAAUUUCCGUCAGAAACUUCUGAAUUUGAUUUCCAAACUCUUCAGUUUAGUAACUUGACUGCUUCAAAAGCCUUUGGGUGAAGGGAGUCCUUUAAAAAGGAAGUAUCCCCAGUAGGUCCAAUUUCAUCAGAGGAGAGACUGCAUUAUAAUUGAAAGGAAUGUGAAAGAGCAUUCACUUCCUUUUGGAAGUCUUUGGAAAGGGAAAACAUAACAAGUCAAAAGAUGAAUUUCUGUAGGAGGCUUCCCAGAAAUCAUUCUUUGGGAUGUGAGACCUUUGUGGAACCAUGUUUUAUUUUAAAACAUGAAUGGAAGAGCUUUAAAAAUAGGGAAGUUAUUGUUAAUGCAUUUCUUUUUUUGCUUAGAGAUUAUUCUAGUAUUUUUGUUGAAUGUUGCUGCCCAGCCUGGUGUA